CAUCUUUCAAGCCGUCUGCUCGUUGUGCAUGUGAAUCAUGGCGGUGUUACUGUUUCUUCGCAUUUACAAAACUCUAGUCGGCCUGGUUGGCAUCCUCGGCAACAGCUUGGUCAUAGUGGUCAUCUGUAAGGUCAGUUUUAUGCAUACUUUGACCAAUGGGUUCAUCUGUCACCAGGCUGUUAUUGACCUUCUAGGGUCACUCUUUCUGCUUCUCCAAAGUAACAUCCCCGUCCCGGUCCCCGUACCAGAGACCCUCUCUGGGGAGAUCCUAUGCCGUGUUUGGAUCGGAGACGCCCUACUCUGGUUGCUCUUCGUCACGUCCACGUUCAGCCUCCUCGCUCUUACUAUAGAGAGAUACAUAGCUAUUGUAUACCCAUUCCGCUUCAAUGCGAUAUUCUCUCAGAAUUCAGCCAUAGUGAUCGGUGUUGGUGUUUGGCUGAUUGGGAUCGCUCUCAAGUCUUACUCAUUCAUGAUCUACACCGUAAUAGAUGGGAUAUGUAAAUUCAAACCUAUUCCAGGAUCCAAUUUCAUAGGUCCACUUCUGAUAGUCUUGCAGUACUUCGUCCCUUCGAUUAUCAUGUUGUUUUCGUACACCCACAUUAUGGUAACACUGAAGAAGAGUGCUGCGCAGGUUGCACCGCUGUCUCUCGACCGUCGUGGAGCGCCCUCAGCCCCCGGGGAACGCAUCGUCAACGAGCAGCAAGAGUCGCUUCUCCGGGCAAGGCGAAACACCUUCAAGACCCUUGUCAUCGUCUUUGCGAUUUUCCUGGUAUGCUGGACGCCAAGUCAGGCUACCUUCUUCCUAUUCAACAUGGGCUGGAUCAAAAUUGACUUCGACGGCCCGCUGAUGGUAUUCAACACUGUGCUCGUCGCAUCAAACUGUUGCAUCAAUCCCAUCAUAUAUUCCUUCAAGUACAAACAAUUCCGCAAGGCAAUGAAUAAGAUGAUUGGCCGUCGAAUCGCGCGGGACGACGGGUUGAAUCCAUCUGCAAUAACUGUCACAGCGGAGUCGGCUACUCGGCAAACACACGUAUCUUAGACAAACCAAUCCAAAGUCAAGAGACGGUGUCCCAAGGAAUUCCGUCCACCGGAGAUUCUGUCCCCCAUAUGGGAAAUUAAUAAUUAUGGGCUUGAGGAGGAUGAUUCAAAAGAGGGCGCUAUCAGAAGUAGUUUGUGCAUAGUUUGCCAUAUUAUUAUUAUGGGGGACAGAAACUCCUGCCACAACGGCCAUCCGGGUUUGUUGAAAUACUUUUUAUCCCCAAAGCACGUAGUUGGGCAGUAACGACGCAUGAUGUCUGAUAUUAGUCGUGUCGUCACCCAAUCGAUUGCACGAUAUUGUAAAUGAGACUAACUGCUUCGCUCUCUGUGGGUAUUUGUGAGACCACGGCUAUAGAUUCAGCUCAGGCUUGGCCCGUUAGUGAUUUUAAAGGAGUGCGCUUAGGCCAUAUUGGCUGCAAAAAGGUGGAGCCGAGCCUGCAGUCUUGACUUGGAAAAGGUGUAGUUGAGUAUUGGCAGACCCUUUUAAUACACCUAAUUUGAUUCUCGCACACUUUUACUUCAAUGUAUAAAGUAUUACCCGCAACAGUGCUUACUAAGUUCCACAUCUAGCCAUGAAUAUCGUUUCCACUUUCGAAUACAAUAAAUGUUGCACACACAACACUAUAGAUGUGUGAGUUGCAACUCUAUAAUAAAAUAGGCCAUAUCGAGCUUCUGCAGUCGACCUGAUUAGAACACCAACCAUAGGUGAGCUGCAUGUGAGAUGUGCUUAUAUUUAUUCCACAAAAUACAAAGACGCCCGAAUGUUGAGUUUGGUGGCAGCAGACGGAUAUUUAUGAAAUUGAGUCCAGUCCAUUGAUUCAACUAGAGGCCUACUUUUUUUGAAAGGAUUCCCUUCAAGUAAAAUGGUUUGUAUUGUUCACCCUACUAAUAUAUAGAAUGGCCAGAGAUGCCGUUGGUACACGCUGUCACUUUAUAUAUAGCUAAAUGUUGAUGUGACAUUCUGUGAACAUCGGUAAAAGUUGUUGCUGUAUUCAACUUAAAUUUUCACAUGAUUUUGACGUUUAAUUAAUUAGUUUUUAUAUAUCACUUUGCUUUUAAAUCGACUAAAAACUGACCCUAUGUUUGCACACCAUGAUUUUGGCCAUAAAGCACCAAUGUAUAUUAAUGUUGAAUUCGUUCCACCUGUUGUAAUGCUAGCAACUUUGAGUUUAAAGGGAAGGUACACAUUUAGUAAUUGUCAAAGA